GGACCAUAGCGCAAAGUCUAAAUUGCUAUAGAACUGCCCCAGAUGCUCAAAUUUCUCUCUUUGUAGCUUUGCGACCUUGGGGGAGAGUCGGGCAAGGUGAUCUCGAAAGACACCCUUGAUAUCUCAGUAUGGCUGGACAAUACUUAAUUGAUCUUUAUAGAUCUGCCAGGGACAGUGGUGAUCCUCGGACUGAAAACAUGCUGCUUGUAAGAGAGCCAUUAUAUGUUGUUGGCCUUAUACUUGCAUACUUGUUUAUUGUAAUCAAAGGACCACAGUGGAUGGCAAAACGAGAAGGAUUUGAGUUGCGAAAACCAUUGAUUGUGUACAAUUUCUUUCUUGUGGCACUGUCAGGCUGGAUGAUGUAUGAGUUUUUUGUGACAACUGUUCUGAAUCCCACAUUCAACUUUUGGUGUGAGCCAGUCAAUCCAAGUGAUGUCAGUGAUAUUCAAAUGAGGCAAAUCAGAGUAUCAUGGGUGUACUUUAUUUCAAAAAUCAUUGAGUUUAUGGACACUUUCUUUUUCAUCUUGCGAAAGAAGUCUCGUCAGAUAACCUUCUUGCAUGUAUACCAUCACACGUCUGUUUUAAUGAUGCAAUGGCUUGUAACAAAACACGUUCCAGGAGCUAUUGGCUGCCUUGCUGGAAUGUUGAACUGUUUCAUCCACGUUGUAAUGUAUUCUUAUUACAUGCUGGCUGCGUUUGGCCCACAUAUGCAGAAAUAUUUGUGGUGGAAAAGAUACCUCACAAAAAUGCAAAUUAUCCAAUUUGUGUUGGUUUUCCUCCAUACAUCAUAUGCGAUACAGCUCGACUGUGGAUUUUCAAAAGGCUUUUUAUGGAGUCUGUGGCUCUACAUGUUGACCCUCUUCAUGCUUUUCUCACACUUCUACAAACAAGCUUACACCGUGAAACCAAAGGACAAGAAAAUGGAAUAAUCCCCACGAACAAUUUUUUUAAUUUCCAUUCUAUAUGGAACUUUUCUUUUAGUCUUAAAGGGUAUGUGUCGUGGACAUGAUUGGCUAAUGCAAUACAAUUAUCUCUUUUGUUUUAUACAAAGCAUGGAAUCGAGGGUGAAUUUUUACGGCAGUAAAAAUUAAUUAAGAAGAAACGAAUAGUCACGAAACAAUGGAAUUCCACUCCAAAGGCUUUUGUUUUAUUAGCCAACUGCUAAUGCGACAUAUGCCCUUCAACCUCUGUACAAGUCUACGUUUCCAUGUAUAUGUCUUCGUUGUAAUUGUCAAUUUGCUGUAAUUCUGUUACGGAAGGAUUAAAAUGGGAUAAUCAAGGAAGUUGUAAUUCAGCUGUGUCUGCGAUGAGAAAUAAGGGUAAAUAUAAUUUUUUGAAGUGAAAUGAUCAAACGUUUUAAUUUCAAUGACAGAUUCCAUGACCAAA